AUGAGGAGCGCUAGACUUUUUAAAUCACGCUGGAUCUUAUCCAGAGCUUUGGCAAGCUCGGUUCUUCCAAAAAAAACCGAUAUUUUCAUAGUAGGAGGAGGUCCUGCGGGUUUGACAUUGGCCGCUGCAAUCAGGACAUCGCCCCACUUGUCUGGGUUGAACACCACGUUAGUGGAUGCUGGAGACUUGAAGAAAACAGCUCAAUUCUACAAAAAUCCUCCAGAAGGAUAUUCUAAUAGAGUUAUUAGUCUGACAACCCAAUCCAAAAAAUUCCUUGAGCAAAGGGUUGGUGUGCAACUUUUGCAGGAUAGAUUGCAGGCUUUCGAUGGCCUGUAUGUGUCAGAUGGGUGUACCGACGCUCAAUUAGAGCUUGAGAAAAAUUCCAUGGGAUUUAUGAUCGAAAUUUUGAACAUUCAAAGUUCGCUACUAGAUCGGCUCUCUAAAUUGCAAGCACCAACCCUGAAUCUGAUCGAUCAGACCAAGGUGCUCAAUAUCGAGUAUGUUGACCCUGCAGAUCCACAAUCGUGGCUCAAAGUCUCAUUGAGCAAUGGCGAGGUUUUCGAAACGCGCCUCUUAGUUGGCUGCGACGGUUUCAACUCUCCAGUUAGAAAGUUUUCCAAAAUCGAGUCCCGCGGGUGGUUUUACAACAGGUUUGGCGUUGUUGCGAAUUUGAAGCUCGAUUUCCCGCCCUUCAAGGUGAGAGGGUGGCAAAGAUUUCUACCCACGGGGCCCAUUGCCCAUUUACCAAUGCCUGACGAUCAUGCAACGUUGGUGUGGAGCACUACAGAACCACUUUCACGGCUGUUACUUUCUAUUGAACCACAACAGCUGACCUUGCUUAUCAAUGCCGCAUUUGUUCUGGACGACGUUGACAUGCAAUACUACUAUAAACAGCUUGAACAGGGCACGAUCACGACGGAGGAGUUACAGGAGGACAUCGCUCAUCGCACAGAAUCAAAAUAUGCGAAGCUUGAAGACGAUUCUCUGAUUGAUGAAAUUUACCCUCCCAUCGUCAGCGAAGUUGAGGGCUCUUCCAGAGCCAGAUUCCCGCUCAAGCUCUCGCAUGCAGAUUCAUACAUCACGGAUAGAAUUGCACUUGUUGGCGAUGCUGCACAUACCACACAUCCAUUGGCUGGACAGGGUCUCAACCUGGGCCAAGGUGAUGUCGAAUCUCUCGUCAAAGCUCUCGAAACUGCCUCACAAAGAGGUCUUGAUCUGGGGUCUGUAUUAGCCCUAGAACCUUACUGGGCCGAGCGUUACCCAUAUAACAAUAUGCUUCUUGGCGUUGUUGACAAGCUUCACAAAAUAUAUUCCACCGAUUUUGGACCUAUUGUUGCGGCAAGAAGUAUGGGCUUGAAGGUCCUACAGAGGCUUCAACCAAUCAAGAACUUUAUGAUCCAAAGCGUCAGCGGCAAAGUGAAGUAA